AUGGGGCUAAUUAUAGUACCUGUAUCACCUGCCAACCUUGGCUCUGAUAAAUCCGUAGCUUGCUGCUGCUCGUACGUACUUCUUCCCAUGCAGACGCACCCGAAUUAAGCCUGAGGCGUAUAUCAUAUGAUCCAUCAGCAUGAUAAGCCACAUAAAAUAAGUACCGUGCUUACACCUGGCAGUCGUCUGCAUCCUAUCAUGAAUCCUGCACCCAAAGCACGACAACUCUUCGACUCUGAAAACGCCUAUGUCACUUCCCCGCUCUUCUCUGCACGGAUCCUAGCAUGUUUACGGUUACUAUGGGGUUUCUACACCCUGUUCACGUUGUUGUUCACGCUUAUAUGGAUAGCACUGCGCGUCCCCGGAGGCGCUAGUACGUACUUCUCAUACCUCACGAGACUACACUACACCGGCAUGUGCGCGUGGUUCUUCGCUUCGGGGGUCCAGACAGCCUGCUACGCCUUCUCAGACGGGAAGAGGUACCCACUUCGACGGUGGGGACGCAUCUUGCAGGUACUGCAGGACUGGUUGUUCUCGACAGUGGUAACGAUGCCAUUCACCAUAACACUAACGUUCUUCAUCCUCCUGCGCGUUGACCUAGACGCGUCCGUCCCCAUUAACCUAUACUCCAACAUCUCCAUGCACGUGUUCAACUCCGUUUUUGCCUUGUUCGAGAUCCUCCUUACGAACGAUCCGCCGCCGGCAUGGAAGUGGCUCCCCGUCGAUGUUCUCAUUUGGGGAGCAUACUUUGGUGUAGCGUAUAUAACGCAUGAAGACGUGGGAUUGUAUCCAUAUUACAUCCUCGAUCGCACAAAAGUCGGAGGGAGGGGAGUGGUAGCAGCGUAUAUUCUGGGAAUUAUCGGAGUGUACGGAGUUACCUACAUCGUCGUGCAUGGUGUCGUCAUUGCAAGACAGAGGUUGAUCAACCGACUGGUAACAACGAAGGGAGAUGAUGACAAAGGGGAGGAAGAGAAGUGCAGUAUGGAGACGUCAGAGAUCGAGGCUGCUUGAACGACAGUGCGAACCAUGUGUCGAUAUGGCGUAUGCUGUUCGGUGGUAAUGUCGGAAUGUGAUCUCACGAGAUGAUUAGGAAGAUUUUGCCCUGUUCCGGCAGGCUUGCUCUCUUUCACCGGAUCAGUUGAUUAUCAGAUGAAAAGAUAGUUGUAUUUAGAAAAAACACUUUGGCUUGUAAUUUGAAGAAAGGACAGCGGCAGUGUAGUGGAUCAUUCGUCGCGGUUCCUUGUCCAAGAGACCCUUCAGAGGUUCGGUAUCAUGCGGCGUCGAUUGGCCUUGGAAUCCUGAACUCCAUGAUGUCUGUCCAAGAAACUCCGCCAGCCCACG